UGCCUCACACCUCCAGCGGCCUGCAGACGUCUGAACCGUGCUGCUGCUGCUGCAGUGCCAGCCGGCCCCGAUGGUUGCCCCAUUCACACAUCACCUUUGAUCGCAGGGGGAUUUAAAACCCCGGCGAGAAGCAGCACAGGUCUUAAACUCAGUCGCUGGAAAUAAGAGGUUGAGGGACAUGUCUUCAGUUCAUGGGAAUAUGCGCGUCGGGGAGCUGAAUCAUUUCCAGAUGUAUCACGAGGGACCUCUGCAGAUAAACAGCUUGGUGAACUCAGAUUAUGGAGCCCCAGAUGUUCCAAACUACUUCAACCCUGCAAACUCAGUCCCGAGGGCGGAUAAAUGUGUGACAAUACUGACCCACAGGAGAAAGAGGACCAACUUUACCCAGCAGCAAAUCGAGGUGCUGGAGAAAGUUUACUCAGACACUAAAUAUCCUGACAUCUACCUGCGAGAGAGACUGGAGGCUCUGACCGGGCUACCGGAGUCCAGAAUCCAGGUGUGGUUUCAAAACAGAAGGGCCAAGUCUCGUCGCCAAGUUGGCUCAUCAGUGACCAUGAAGGCCGCAAACCCGCCAGCAGCUGGCCCCUUCAGCCAGCUCCAGAGCCGGAGGGGCCCAGAGAGGGUGUAUGACAACAACCAUAGAGCCGAGGCCCACAGGAUAGGUUUUGGACUGGAGGAAAGUUUCCGACCUACAAUGCACCAAAACCCAGAUGAAACUCACAGAACCAGUAUGCCCACCAAUCCCAGCGGCUACGAACACACGUCCGUCUCCUGCAUCUAUGAGGACGGGACCAGAGUAAAGCCUGAGCAGAUGCAGCGACUUGAGCUGAGUGUUAAUGUCCCGUGCUGUAACGUCCAUCUGUAUCCCAAGGACAACGAGCAUCAUCCCAAAAUGGAAGCCAACAUAAACGGCGACCAGAGUCCAAAGGUUCUGGUGGAAUACGACAACUUCCCACCUAACAAGACCAUUGGGCCAGAGAUGAAAGUUGUGAUUCCUCCCAUCCCCACCCAGAAUAACUUCAGCAGGUCAUCACCCAAGGAUAAUGGAUGCCACAUGCAGUAUCCACACGUGAGAGGGACAGGGGACAGGUUCAGUCACUUCUCCCCGAUCCAUGCCACUGAGGCCCAGGACUUCACUGACUCAGACUCUGACUGGGAAAACGAGGCCAUGGCUGGCUUUGGUGGCUUCAUGUGAUGGAUUAUUAUUAGAGUUGAUAUAAAGACAGCUCCAUGUAUCGUAAGAGGCAGUAUUCAGUUGUUUGUUUGCGUAAAGGGAAAAUUUGUAUUUAUUGUAAAAUAGUAAUAAAACUGUUGAU